CCCUCACUCCCCAUGUUUAUUUCCAUAUCUUACCCUUUAGAUUUAUAUGAUGUAAUAUCUCCACUCAGUUACUCAUGAAAUGUAGACGAUAGGUGAAAGAAAAAAAAAACUGAUCAGAGCAGACUUCCUGUGGUUGAACUUUUUCUCUUUUCUGCAUGUGUACUAGCAUUCAGUGCUGUCCGGGACGAACUCAGGUUUCAUAUCAAGUGUUUUAUUUGCAGCUACAACAUGAGGAUUUUGCAGCUCCAUCUCUGUCUGCUUAUAUGGUUUCAAGCAGGAGAAACUUUAACAGAUCAGCUAGUACAUUUGGGGCAAAAUGUGACCAUAAACUGUGAUUUUGAAAAAGAGGUUCAUUGGUUUUUACUGAAACUUCCAUAUUCUUCAUUUAUAUUGAGCACUUUCCCAGGCCCUCCUUUUUAUUACAAUGAACAUUACAGACAAAAAUAUUCAGUGAAGUCUCAACAUCUGUUUAUUAAUAAUGUCACUAUGGAUGAGUUAGGAGUUUAUUUCUGCAUGAUAGCAGACUUAACAAAGCCACAAUUCAGCAACGGCACCAGACUGUACAUCAUUGAACAAACUCAGAAUUAUACAGUAGUGCAGAAUAUUCAGCAGAAUCAUACACUGGUGAAGUACAUUGAGCAGAAUCAGACGUCAUGGCAGACUCUUACCCUCAUAUCUGGACUGAUAAAUGCUGUUUUAGUCAUUGUUGUUGUCAUAGGACUAUUGAAGGGUUGUGUUUGUAGAAAUAAAAGACCUGCAGAACUUUCACAACAACUUCAUAACACUGAUCUACAGUCGACACAAUUAAUUCAACAGCAUCGAGAUCCAAACCAAUCACAGCAUGCUGAGGAGGAUUCUUCUGUGUUGCAUACAAUUAUUCAUCCUGGUCAAGUCAACAGCACUUAUGUUGCUUUGCAGCUGCCAAAACUAUAAAAGGAAGUGUACAGCUGAACUCAAACUUAUUUCACAGCAUGUAAGAACAAACUGAAACUCUUGUGGUUGUCCAAGCACACAUUUAGAUGAUGGACGUGCAUUGUGGGUUGGUUUGCUUCAGAAAAAGUGUUGUGUCUAGACUGGUGGCCUGCACUUUGACCCAGUCCAGAGUUUUUCUCUUUGCCUUUGUGUUAUACUAUAAAUGUAAAUCUUUACAUUCAUGUUAUUUAAUAUCUUUCACUUAUGAAGUUUAGGGAAUAAGGUGGACGGAGCAAACAUGACUUUCUGUGAUUGAUGUGUUUGAUAUUUUGCUAACAUUUGUGUAUCAGGACGCUAUGAUAUUGUACGCAUUAUAGAUUUGAUAGUAUAUUAAGACCUUUCAGUGACCUUAAAGUGCUAAUUAAAAGACUUUUUAAAUGUAAGUGCCAUGAAAUCCCUUUAUAUCAUCACACUUCUGCAGAAUGCUUAAAAAAGGUGUGAUAAUUUGCAGGAAGGAACAUAUGGAGGUGGGGACAGCCACACACACGUCUAGAUCUGAGAUAAGCAGAGUAAUAAUAGCAAUAUUUGUCAACUGAGAAUAAUAGUUGUUCUGAACAUGUAGGCUGCUAUAGCUGGAAUUCAGCACCAAGUCUCAUAAAUCAGCCAGUAAUGUCUAAAAACGCAAGCAUUGGAUCAGAUUUCUCAUUCUUUUUGACAAUGACUUUAUGUUAAAUUUCCAUUCUGUUUUCUCCAUUAAAUACAAAGACUGUAUGAAUAAAA